AUGCCAAAACUAUGGAAAAAAGUUCGAAAAGCACAUGAAAAUAAAGAACCGUUUAUGAUAUUUGACGAAGUACAUCCAACAAACGGGAAGAGAUACGUCGCAUUCGGAUCAAAAGUGGGACUUGAAAUGUUGGAGAAGUCGUCGUUGCUCUUAUCAGAUGGCACAUUCUCAGUAGCACAACCACCAUUUGUUCAACUUUGA